GAUAAACAAAAAACAAAUCGCCAUUUUUAGAUUUUUAUGAUCAGUGCAGCUCAAGACUACUGUACAUUUAUUUUUAAAUUUCGAGUUUCAUCUAAGAUUUUUUCAGUAUAUCAAUCAACAAUCAAUAAUCAAUAAUAUUGAUAUUUUUAAUUCAUUGACUUGUUAAUCAGCUAUUUUAGACACUAGGGUUGGGAGUUGUUAGGAAAAGACAAUAUUGGAAGUACAGUAGGUUUGUCGCUUUAGUUAUUGAAUCAUAAAUUCCAAUUUGAAAAUGACAGAUGGAACAACAAUUUUGAGAAGAAAUCGUCCUGGAACAAAAGCCAAGGACUUCUACAAUUGGCCCGAUGAGCCAUUUGAAGAGAUGGAUAGUACAUUAGCUGUUCAGCAGUACAUUCAGCAACAAAUUAGACGUGACCCAUCUAACAUUGACGAAAUUCUCACGCCACCAGAGUCACAAGAUGUUGGUGUAUGGAAAUAUGAACAUUUGAGGCAAUUUUGUAUGGAGUUGAACGGUUUGGCAGUUCAGCUGCAGGGUGAAUGUCAUCCGGGAAUCUGCAAGCAGAUGACAGCCACCGAGCAGUGGAUAUUUCUGUGCGCCGCACACAAAACGCCCAAAGAAUGUCCGGCCAUCGAUUACACCAGGCACACGCUUGAUGGAGCUGCUUGCCUACUAAAUAGCAACAAAUAUUUCCCUAGCAGAGUCAGUAUCAAAGAUUCUUCAGUGACAAAACUUGGUUCGGUAUGCCGCAGAGUCUAUAGGAUAUUCUCACAUGCAUUCUUCCACCAUCGGGUUAUCUAUGAUGAUUUCGAGAAUGAAACGCACCUGUGCAAGCGGUUUUCCAGAUUCGUGUUCAAGUACGACCUGAUGCCAAUGAACAACCUGAUCGUGCCAGUUCCCAGUGAUGAGGACGGCUCGACUGAAGAACUGCAAAACUUCAUUUGAGAAUGAAAUUACCAACGAACUUGGCUGAAUUGUUCAUAGGACACUAAAGUGUGGACACUAGUGUAUUAUCACGAAGCAAGGACUGUAUAGCUGUAAGUCUAUAUUAUAUUUUUAAGAUUAUUAUAUAUGUACAGUAAGAAAAGGCCGUUCUUAUAAACGAUUCUUAGAACUGUCUUAGUGAAGCACGCUUCAGUUGCCUAGCGACCAAUAACAGGAACCAAUCAGAAACAUUGAACUUGCUAUUAGGGUCUUUCUGAUUGGUGCACCAAAGCGUGCUCACGUUAAAACAUUUUGUUUACAAAGACGAUAAAACUACAGUUAUUAUGUAUACAGUGACUUUAGGUAGAACAUGUGUGUAACAUUAUGUGCGAAUGCUAUUUAUGGUAAGACCAAGUUAUUCGUGGUCUAUAAUGAGUGUGUGUUUCAGUGAGUGUAUUGUAUAAUACGUAUGAGAGUAAUACUCUAUCAAAAUGAUCACUUGCUAGGUUCAACAAUAAACUUCACUUGAAAUUAAUGGAAAACUAACAUUGAUUUCAUAAAUAUAUAUUAUUUAAUCAUGUUUUGUCCGCUUUCUAGAUUCAUAAAUUAUAUAGUCCUACAUUUAGUUACUUGUGAGGUGACCCCCUGAAAUUAAUCCCCUGAAUAUAUAUUUGAUGUUCCCUCCCAAUUCAUAAUAUAUCCAUGCUACUCUUGUAUUUAGUAUGAAUACCGUACUGGUUUUCUAAUCAUGUGAAAGUAUAAUAUAAUCGCUUGUAAUUAUAAAGGAUCAUAACUAUUGUGAAAAUACUCUUGUAUUGUGCAUGAAAAAGUUUUCUACCAAUGUGGAAAUGUAUAUAUUAAAGUAUCCAUAAUCAUUAUUAAAAUUUCAGUUUUUUAUUUAAA